AUGGCGAACUCUCGCAUCGAAGAUCUCCUCAAGAAACCUCUCUAUGUAUAUGAUCUCCCACAAGAGCUUCUUUCAACAUUGAUCACAAAAACCGGAAACCAAGACAUCGCUGAACAAACCCCCGAGCCUACCCCCAAAGAUCUCGAGCUCGCUGCGCAAGAAUCCGCGAUUGCAUCCUCGUCAUUAUGCUCUCUCUGCAACGUCACCUACCGCAAUGUGGAGGAGCAACGAGGUCAUGUUAGAUCUGACCACCACCGAUACAACAUCAAGACCCAGCUGAGGGGCAAUGCACCUCUCGACGAGGCCCAGUUUGUUAAAGCUGUGGGAGAUCUGGACGAGUCUAUAUCCGGAUCAGAAUCUUCAGAGUCAGACUCAGACUCAGCCGAGGGUGGCGCCGACACAACGCUCACAGCCUUGCUGAAGCGACAAGCGAAGCUCUCCGAGUCACCCGAAGAAGCAACAACUACAGUGAAAGGAGGGACAGCGAAACAGCCGCUGUUCUGGCUGUCCAGCUCCGGCCUACCUUCUAACAAAUCCCUGGGCGUCUACCGGGCAAUUUUCUCCAAUGUUGAACAAGAUGAGCCCAGCCAUUUGGUGGACACCCUACGGAAAAAACAAUUGGCCCCCAUCAAGGCGCGCACAAAUAAGGCACAGGCUCAACAGAGUCCCCCAGAUUCUAGUCCCCACAUCUUCAUGUGUAUGAUUGGCGGUGGUCACUUUGCCGCAAUGUUGGUCUCUCUCGCCCCUGAGAUCCACCGCAAGCAAGGCGGAGUGGAAGAAAGACAAGCAAGAGUUAUCGCGCACAAAACAUUCCAUCGCUAUACCACUCGACGCAAACAAGGUGGCUCUCAAUCUGCCAGUGAUGCGUCACGGGGAGCUGCUCACUCUGCCGGUUCUAGUCUGCGUCGAUACAAUGAAGUAGCUCUUGAGAAGGAUAUUCGAGAGCUACUUGCGGACUGGAAAGAUAUGAUUGACAGUGCAGAACUGCUGUUCAUCCGUGCCACAGGAAAGACAAACAAGAGAAUACUCUUCGAGAAAUACGAUAAUCACGUUCUCAAGCAGAAUGACCCGCGACUGAGAGGGUUCCCCUUUAACACUCGCCGAGCCACACAAGGAGAACUUUUGAGAUCUUUCAAGGAGUUGACCCGCGUUAAGGUCAGUGAAAUUGACGAGGCCGCGCUGGCCGCUGACGCUGCCGCCGCCGAGGCAAAGAAGAGGGAAGAAUCGAAGCCUUCUACGCCACGCCCGCAGCCACAAAAGCCAAAACUAUCCAAGGAGGAAGAAGAGGCUUUGUUACAUACCUCGCAAAUCCAAGCCUUGAUCCGCCGCUCCAAAGUCCCAGCUUUAAUGUCUUACCUCUCAAACAACUCUAUUCCUCCGUCAUUUACCUUCACACCUGCCGACUCGCCCCAGAACUUCCGUUCUCCGACUCCUCUUCACCUUGCUGCCAACUUGGAUGCCCCGGCGAUUGUUACUGCUCUCCUCACAAGAGCUGGGGCAGACCCAACUAUUGCCAACCAGGAAGGACGUACGCCCUUUGAACUGGCCGGAGAUCGUUCGACCCGCGAUGCCUUCCGUAUUUCCCGUCACGAGCUAGGAGAAUCGAAGUGGGACUGGACCGUGGCAAAGGUUCCAUCUGCGGUAUCCAAAACAGACGCAGAUAGCCGGGCUGAACGGGAGCGAAAGGUCGCCGAAGAGGAAGAAAGUACUCGUCGGAAAACAGACCUGGAACGACUGAAGAAAGAAGAUGCCGAGAGAGAAGCACACCAAAGGGCCAGCAAAGGUGGUCGGGCCCUAGGAGCAAUGGAGAAAUCCGCCGCAGAGAAACGGGACGAAGAAACUCGAGGCAUGACCCCGGAGAUGAGGAUGCGUUUAGAGCGAGAGCGGAGAGCUAGGGCGGCUGAAGAGCGUUUCCGGCGGAUGCAAAACAAUUAG